CGGGUGGGCGCGUCGCUGGCUUCUCCGGGUGAGGACGCGGGCUGCAUCUGGAGGAGCGGUGGACUGCGGCGGCGGUGCGGGCGACGGUCCUGGUGGCAUGUUCCUGCAGGGAGUUUGCUUCAGCAAACCUUUUGCUGCCUGACCUUCCUGUACGGAUUAUACUCAACAUCCUGUUUAGAAAAUGGGUCCUACGGGUCGCCUCGUUACCAUCAAAAGGAGUGGGGUGGACGGCCCCCACUUUCCAUUGAGCCUCAGCACCUGCUUGUUUGGAAGGGGUAUUGAAUGUGACAUUCGCAUCCAGCUCCCUGUCGUCUCAAAACAGCAUUGCAAAAUUGAAGUCAAUGGGCAGGAGGCAGUGCUGUUUAAUUUCAGUUCCGCGAACCCAACACAAGUCAAUGGAUCUGCUAUUGAGGAGCCCGUACAACUGCAGCAUGGAGAUGUGAUCACCAUUGUUGACCGCUCUUUCAGGUAUGAAAAUGAAAGUCAUCAGGAUGGAAGCAAGUCACCUGGAGUCCUAGGACAAAGACGCAAACAGGAGUCUCUGCGUCGGGUCUCCAGAUCCAGCCUCCCUUCUGACCCUGAUGGGAAAGUUCAAGAUUCCAUUGCCUGUUUGAAACCAUCUGAAGAAAACGUGUCUGGACGGCCACUGAAGAAGGUCGAAGCCACCAACCCUGUCUCGCUUAAUGCGGUUCAUCCCUCAGACCUUGCUGGAGGUGACCACAGAAAUGCCCCGGAGCCCACAGGCAGGGAUUCCCAGGACGAUCCCAGCGGAACAUUCUCGAGCUGUAAAGGAGGCCUGAAGUCUUUUCCCUCUGCACGGGGCCUUGAGAAAGGUUCCAACAGUGAGUCUCCCUUCAAGAAGCUUUAUGACGCCAUGAAGGAGGAGCUUGAUGUGAAGUCAGAAAAAGGAGAUGUUCUACAGAGUGGUAGAAAAUCCAGAUCACGCAGUCAUCGUGCGCAGGAGAAGGAAUGUUCUGGUGGUUUACAAGGCGGGAUGCAAGUCCCAGUGUCCCCUAAAUCCAGACCCAGGUCCGGUCGGAGCACCCAAGUGAAGGCAGACGCUGCUUUGGAAGAACAAGGAAUUAGCCAGCCUGAGGGCAGGAGAGAAGGGGAGGAGGCUGUGGAGACUCCCAAGGAGGCCAGGGGUCCCGUUAGCCCUCCUGAGGAGAUGAUAAAAUCCAAGACCCUGGCACAGCGUUCCCCACAGACCUCCUCGCAGAAGCGUCCGCGUGAAGACGUGGGGGUGACCAGCGGAAGGGUAUCGGUGCAUCUGGAGCAGAAGGAAGGCUUCGGGGCAGAAAACAAGAUGCUCACUCCUAGGAAGUCCUUAACCAGAAACCCAACACCCGCCAAAGUGGAAACUGCUGGAGAUUUUGGAGAUACACCAGAAAAACUCUUUUCCAGAAAGAGGAAGAGUAUUCCUACCAGUGUGGACAUUCUUACGCCAGAAACGGAAACUCAGAAUCACACCAUUUUAGCUCCGUUGCCGGUUCAAGUUGAAAGGAAGAUUCCCAACAGUUCCGUCCACCAGCCUGAGAAAGGGGGCGCCGCCGCGGGGCACCUGCGCUCUGGGUCACCCAGUCGUGGUUCAGUGGAUCGCAGCAACCCCAUUAGCAAGACUGAAGGAACACCCCUGAAAAGAAGGCGGGUCUCCUUUGGUGGUCGUCUGAAGCCAGAGUUAUUUGAUGAAAACUUACCUCCUAAUACACCUCUCAAGAGAGGAGAAACCCCGAGAAGGUCUCUCGUAAGCCACACUCCACCUGUCCUGAAGAAAAUCAUCAAGGAAUGCCCUCAACCAUCGGGAAGAGAAGAUUCCUCCGGACUCCGUGCGGAAGGGACCGCGCCGCCACCGUUGGCGGGGUCUCCAGCCCGCCCUCCGGCCGGAACCCCCCCGGGCGCCAGGGACCCGCACCGCAGGUCAGCCAAGCCCUCGGCCUCCAGCGGCGGCAGGACUCCCCGGCCGGCGGAUGCUCCUAGGAGGGGAGGCAGGAGGAGCGGCGGCUCGCUGUCCAAGAGGAGCUCGGUGGACCGGAGCCAGCACGAGAUCCUGCAGAUGAUUUUCUCCAAGAGGAGGAGCGGCGCCUCGGAAGCCAACCUAAUCGUGGCAAAGUCGUGGGCAGACGUAGUCAAACUCGGUGCCAAACAGACCCAGGCUAAAGCGGUUAAACACGGCCCGCAGAGACCGCUGAGCAGAAGGCCGAGGAAAGCCAACACUCCGAAGAAGCCUGUUAGCAGCGUUCCCAGUCAGUUUAGCACAGGCCACGCCAACUCUCCGUGUACCAUAAUAAUAGGGAAAGCUCACCUCGAAAAAGUAAACGUGCCUGCUCGGCCCUACAGAAUGCCCAACUUUGUCAGCCACAAAAAGAUGGACUUCAGUGAAGAUCUUUCAGGGUUAACUGAAAUGUUCCAGACCCCGGCAGCGAAAGUGAAGCCACAGACAAUGAGCCUGUGUCCCAGCGCUUUUUCAAACUCAGAGGACGUUUUCAAGAAAGAGUUUCAAGUACCUGAUUCAGGAGAAAAACCUCUGCUAUGCAUGUCCGAAAAUUGUGGAGAGAAUGAAUUCUCUGUGAUUCAGACUGCACCACAAGAACCCUUUGAUCAAAGCCUCGUGAGCCCGGUCCUCAGACGACAGAGUAUCAGAGCAAAUGUGAACAUCGAGAAAACUCCGGGAUCUGAGGCAGAGGCUCCGAAGGCGGCAUUGAGUGCGAACAGGCUUCGAAGGUCUUUGGGGCUCAGGAGCACACAGAUGCUGGGUGCGGGGCUCAAGGAUGAAGAAGCUCAAGGGGACACUGUGGAGAAUGCUUCAGAACGACGUCUGACAAAGUCCCCGCGACAAGGACAGAACCUAGAAGCAGCAGUGAAGGAACAGGAGGGCUGUGCUGGCACACAGGAGCAAGAUACUGAAUCCGGGGCAACGUCUGAAGCGGUCAUGGCUAUGAGGAGAUCGAGAAGAUAUGCAGAGCAGAAACAGGAACCGGUCACAGACCUGACUCCCCUCAAGAGAUUGCAGGAUACAGAACCCAGGGAAGACCUGGGGAGCAUCCAAGGUCUCCUCCGCACUCCCAUUCAUGCGCAGAGACCAAAGGAUGCUGAGAACCAAACCACGGAAAAGCGCCAGAAAUCUUCAAAGUCAGAACUAGUUGGCAUGCCAACCAGGAUGAGCGCACAGCUCAAGGCCGCUCCCCAGAAAGCAGACCUGGAGGAGGAGCCCGCGGCUCUCAGGAAGCCCACCCAGGUGCCAAAGGAAAGCCCAUACUCACAUGGAAAACCAGGAAGUGGUGAUGAAGACAUUCUGUUGUGUAACAGAACGCCAGAGCAGAAACUGAGCCCUGCGGAAAAUGUACCUGGAAGCAAGAGGUGGCCAAGAACACCUAAAAAUAACAUGCAGUCCUUAGAAGACCUAGCUGGACUCAGAGAGCUCUUCCAAACACCAAACCACACAGAUAAACCAGUGACUGGUGACCAAACCACAAAAGUAUUCUGCAAAUCUCCGCUAAUGGGACCAGGCAAGACGCCAGCAAGUCGAAAGCGGCAGCUCAAGACCCCUCCCCAGAAAGCGGACCUGGAGGAAGAGCCCUCAGCUCUCAGGAAGCCCACCCAGACACCAGGAGGAAUCCCACACUCACACAGAGAACCUGUAAGUGAAGAUGAAGACAUCAGAUUGUUUAAGGAAACUCCAAAGCAGAAGCUGGACCCUGCAGCAAAUGUAACUGGAAGCAAGAGGCAGCCAAGAACACCCAAGGGAAAGGUCCAGUCGUUAGAAGACCUGGCUGGACUCGGAGAGCCCUUCCAAACACCAACCCACACAGAUAAACCAAUGACUGGUGACCAAACCACCAAAGUUCUCCGUAAGUCUCCACUAACAGGACCAGGCAACCCACCAGUGAGUCAAAAGAGGUGGCUCGAGACCCCGCCCGAAAAAGCGGACCUGGAGGAAGAGUCCUCAGCUCUCAGGAAGCCCACCCGGGUGCCAGGGGAAAGACCACACUCACACACAGAAUCAGGAGGUGGUGAUAAAGACGUUAAAUUGCUUAACAAAACUCUGGAGCAAAAACCUGCAGAAAAUGUAACUGGAAGCAAGAGGCAGCCAGGAACACCCAAGAGAAAUGUCCAGUCCCUACCAGACAUGCUUGGUCUCAAAGAGGUCUUCCAAACCCCGGACCCGGUGACUGGAGACCAAACCACCAAAGUACCCUGCAAAUCUCCACUAGCAGAGCCAGUCAGCACACCAACAAAUAGAAACAGGCGGUUCAAGACACCUCAGAAAGUGGACCUGGCGGAAGAGUCCUCAGCUCUCAGGAAGUCCACUCAGACAUCAGUGGAAAGCCAACACUCACAUGGAGAACUAGGAGGUGGUGACAAAGACGAAGACAUCAAAUUGUUUAAUAAAACCCCAGAGCAGAAGCUGGACCCUGUAGUAACUGGAAGCAAGAGGAAGCAAAGAACACCCAGGAAAAGUGUCCAGUCUCUAGAAGACCUGGCCAGACUCAGAGAGCUCUUCCAAACUCCAGACCACACAGAUAAACUAAUGACUGAUGAUAAAACCACCAAAGCACCCUGCAAAUCUCCACUAGCAAAACUAGUCAACAUGCCCACCAGUCGAAGGAGGCUGAGUAAGACCCCUCCCCAGAAAGUGAACCUAGAGGAAGAGUCCUUGGCUCUCACAGAGUCCACCCUGAUGCCAGCAGAAAGCCCACAUGAACACAGAGAACCAGUAGGUGGUAAUGAAGGCAUCAGAUUGCUCAAGGAAACCCCGAAGCAGAAACUGGACCCUGCAGAAAAUAUAACUGGAAGCGGGAGGCGGCCAAGAACACCCAAGAGAAAAGUCCAGUCCCUAGAAGAUCUGGCGGGUCUCAAAGAGCUCUUCAAAACCCCAGACUCAGUGACUGGUGACCACACCACCAGAGUAUCCUGCAAGUCUCCACUGGCAGAGCCAGUCAACAUGACAAGUAAAAAGAGGCAUCUCAAAACCCCUCCCCAGAAAGUGGACCUGGAGGAAAAGCCCUUGGCUCUCAGGAAGCCCACCCCGACGCCAGGAGAAAGCCCACACUCACAUAGACAACCUGUAGGUGAAGAUGAAGACAUCAAAUUGUCUAAGGAAACUCCAAAGCAGAAACUAGACCCUGCAGCAAAUGUAACUGGAAGCAAGAGGCAGCCAAGAACACCCAAGGAAAAGGUCCAUUCUCUAGAAGACCUGGCUGGACUCAGAGAGCUCUUCCAAUCACCAACCCACACAGAUACACCAAUGACUGGUGACCAAACCACCAAAACACCUUGCAAAUCUCCACUGGCAAAACCAGUCAACACGCCAGCGAGUCGAAAGAGGCAUCUUGAGACCCCUCCCCAGAAAGUAGACCUGGAAGAAGAGUCCUCAACUCUCAGGAAGCCCACCCAGAUGCCAGGGGAAAACAAACACUCACACAGAGAACCUGUAGGUGAAGAUGAAGACAUUGAAAUGUUUAAGAAAAUUCCAGAGCAGAAACUGGACCCUGCAGAAAAUGUAACUGCAAGCAAGAAGAGGCUCAGAAAAGUUAAAGAAAAGGUGCAAUACCUGGAAGACAUGGUCGGUUUUAAAGAGCUCUUCCAGACCCCAGAGCAAACCAAGAAAACAACAGCUGUUUUCAAAACUGCAAUACUGCCUUGCAAAUCCCCACGAGCACAAAUAGUCAACCCACCAACCCACACGGAGACAUGGCUCAAGGUAUCUCUGGGGGAAGUCGCUGUAGAGAAAGAGCUUUCAGCUGUCACGAAGUCCACCCUGAUGCCAGCAGAAAGCCCACACGAACACAGGGAACCAGUAGGUGGUGAUGAAAGCAUCAGAUUGCUCAAGGAAACCCUAAAGCAGAAACUGAAACCUGAGGGAAAUGUAAGUGGAAGCAAGAGGCAACCAAGAACACCCAAGAGAAAGGUUCAGUCCCUAGAAGAUCUGGUGGGUCUCAAAGAGCUCUUCAAAACUCCAGACUCAGUGACUGGUGACCACACCACCAGAGUAUCCUGCAAAUCUCCACUGGCAGAGCCAGUCAACAUGACAAGUAAAAAGAGGCAUCUCAAAACCCCUCCCCAGAAAGUGGACCUGGAGGAAAAAUCCUUGGCUCUUAGGAAGCCCACCCAGACCCCAGGAAGAAGCCCACACUCACACGGAGAACCUGUAGGUAAAGAUGAAGACAUCAAAUUGUUUAAGGAAACUCCAAAGCAGAAACUAGACCCUGCAGCAAAUGUAACUGGAAGCGGGAGGCGGCCAAGAACACCCAGGGAAAAGGUCCAUUCUCUAGAAGACCUGGCUGGACUCAGAGAGCUCUUCCAAUCACCAGACCACACAGAUACACCAAUGACUGGUGACCAAACCACCAAAACACCUUGCAAAUCUCCACUGGCAAAUCCAGUCAACAGGCCAGCAAGUAAAAAGAGGCGUCUCCAUACCCCUCCCCAGAAAAUGGACCUGGAAGAAGAGUCCUCGACUCUCAGGAAGCCCACCCAGACACUAGGGGAAAACACACACUCACAAGGAGAACCUGAAGGUGAAGAUGAAGACAUCAAAUUGUUUAAGGAAACUCUAAAGCAGAAACUGAACCUUACAGAAAAUGUAACUGGAAGCAAGAGGCAAGCAAGAACUCCCAAGAAAAAGGUCCAGUCUCUAGAAGACCUGGUUGGCCUCAGAGAGCUCUUCCAAUCACCAGACCACACAGAUAAGCCAAUGACUGGUGACCAAACUACUAAAGCACCCUGCAAAUCUCCACUAACAAGACUAGGCAACAAGCCAACAAACAGAAGGAGGUGUCUCAAGACCCCUCUUCAGAAAGUAGACCUGGAGGAAGUGUCCUCAGCUCUCAGGAAGCCCACCCAGAUGCCAGAGGAAAACACACACUCACACAGAGAACCAGUUGAUGGUGACGAAGACAUCAGAUUGUUCAAGGAAACCACAGAGGAGAAACUGGAGCCUGUAGGAAAUGUAACUAGAAGCAAGAGGCGGCCAAGAACAUCCAAGAAAACAGUCCAGUCCUUGGAAGACCCGGUUGGCCUCAAAGAGCUCAUCCCAACACCAAACCACACAGAUAAACCAAUGACUGAUGUCACAGUCACCAAAGCAUCCUGCAAAUCUGCACUAACAGGACCAGGCAACAAGCCAACAAACAGAAGGAGGCAGCUCAGGACCCGUCCCCAGAAAGUGGACCUGGAAGAAGAGCCCUCAGCUCUCGGGAAGCCCACGCAGAUGCCAGAGGAAACCACAAACUCACUCAGGGAAUCAGGUGAAGAUAAAGACACGAAAUUGUUUAAUAGAACUGCAAAGCAGAAACUGGGCCCCACAGAAAAUGUAAUGGGCAUGAAAUAUCGACUACGAGCACCUAAGGAAAAGGCCCAAACCCUGGAAGACAUGGCCAGUUUCAACAAGCCCGGCCCGACGCCAGAUCACACCAAGAAACUGGGAGGCAAUGCUGGUGGCAUCAAGGGAGCUCCAAAGCAGAUACCAGAGGGAGGUAAACCUGUGGAAACCUUACCAAGAGUCCUCAGGGCCCCUCGAGCAAAGCCCAUAGAAGAUCAGGCAGGCCUCGGAGACCCUAUAAAAUCUCAACGUGAAAGCAGCAUUUCCCUGUCCCCCAAGAGGAAACGAGGGAACAAGGGAGGUGACGCAGGAACAAAGAGGCUGCGCUCUGUGUCACCUGUACAGGCCACUGCAGAAAAGAAGCCACCCCAGAAGAGAAGAAGGGGGGCCCCCAGCGAAGGAUGUGACCCACCCGGGCCCCAGCCCAUGAAGGAAAAGCUAAGGAUUGUGGCAGACAGGAUGGAACUCCGGGAGGACCUGACCACCAGCAAGAGGGAAACCAGAAGAAAGGGCCAAGACACAGGAAGGACGACCCCUCCGCAGCAGGGAAUGUCUCUGCGCUCUAGACGGCCUAAGAAACCCGAGCUCGAAGAGCACCGACCCGAGCCUGUCGAAGCUGCUGCGGAGAAGGUGGAGACAAAGAGAAAUGACAGGAAGCCCCUGACGUCCUCCCAAGAGGCGAAGCCACAAAGCCCCGGAGACAGAGCCAAGAACCCUGCAUCUCAAGGCCGAGUCCGUGCAAGCAGAAUGUGUCUGCGGUCUGCAAUACCGAAGGAGAUGCCCUUGCCUGAUGGAGCAGAGGAGAAGCAGAGGCAGAAGGGUGUGGCUGUCCACGGGAGGAGUCAGGGGGAGGAGAGAACUCAACGUUCAGACUUCCCGUCACUGAGAUCCAGAAAAAUCAGGGUCCCUCCUGGAGGAAAUGCUUCUGAGAGCGAAUCUCAACAGCAAGUAACUCGGAGUGCCAAGAGGUGUGCCGGAAAUAUAAAAAAGGAUGAAGACAAUGUGAGCAUCAAGAAAAUAAGGACCAGAAGCCGUCGGGACAAUGAAGAUAUUUAGCUAAGAAGUUUGGGGGAGGGGGGAAGUACUGCAUUUCAUUCAGUGAUAUGUUUCAGUACGAUGUUUGGGUACAUUUCAAAGGGAAUUCUGUAAAUAAUGCUAUCCGAGUGUUUGAGGAAAGAAACUUUAGAAUGUCCCAUCUCCAGAUGGCGUGUUCAUAAAGGCCAUGUGGCGGUCAUAACGUGAUAAAAUGUAAAACUUGGGUUGGGGCGGGUGGGGGGUUUGGGACCUAGAAAUGGCUUUUAAUUUGGCGGAAUGAGGCCCUGAAGUUUCUCCCGUGCGUCCCUGCCGGCCGCUAGGCCAGCGGGGGCCGCACUGCUCUACAGAUGCUUUAUGUGGGCCCGUGUCCCACGUCAGAAUGUGAAAGCAGGGGCGUCUGUCCCUGAGUCCCCAGCGCCAGGCAAGCACUCAGGGAACACUGGGGGGAGGGCAGGUUAGAAUAGAUUAAUGGUGUGUGUGGGUCUUUCUUUACAGUGGGGGACGCAUUUGGCCCCCUCGCUAUGGCUCUUGGCCGCCUGCAGGGGCCAGGCCUCUCCUGGGUGUCCCUGCCCUGGAGGGAAUAGCAAUGUGACCUGGAGAGGCUGGUGGCUCCCGCCCCCCCCCCCCCCGCAAGGUGGUAGGGGUCACGGAACUUACGGACUGCUGGGGGCUCGCCUUUGUCACUUGCAGAGUAUUUGUCUCACGCGGGACUGUCUCAUCGGAGAAGGCACCCACCCCAGAGUCUCAGGGCCGUUGCCAGGGUGCCCCCCCCACCCCUCCCCCCACCCGCGUCUCCGAGCAGUGACAGUCCUGCCAGCUUCUCGCGCGUCUGUCCUGUCUUGUACCUUUUCCCAGCGUUCUCCGGGGUCUACGCCGCCCGCGUAUCCCCAGACCGCACCUGCGGCUGCCUCAGUGCCCCGCAGGCCGCCUCGGUCAGAAAACGGCACCAACUCCCCUCCCAAGGAGCGGCCGUGAUCCCCAGGCUGUCUGUGGGAGCCGGAGCCCCCGGGGCCUCAACCCGGACGGCUGGGCCUCGACACCUGUGUCCCACCGGGUCUCAUUCCUCUUCCGGUGUCCCCGAGUCAGAACAUAGCACACCUUCCCUCCAGGCACCUGUCUGCGUCUGCCCCACUGGCCUAGCCGUGUGGUGGCGACGAAGGGACCCAAGAGAGGGGAGCUGUCCCCUACGGUGUCCCUGUCUGUCCUUCUGUCCCUGUGUCUGGCAUGGAGCCAAGUUGACAUAAUAAAUACUGUUCGCUGAA